CUCUCCAUGCCCAUCUGCCUGCAUUUCACAUCUCUCUCAGGAGGCCAGCUCCCUUGGUGUAACUCUUCCCUCUCCAAGAGAGGAAAAAGAAGGUUCUAAAAAUAACCCACAGGCCCUACAGGUUGGGUGUGUUAGAUGCUGAGAGGCUGCAGUCUGGGGCAGGGCUCCGCGCUGGGAGGCUAUGUGAGCUCUAUGGGCUUUUUCCUCCUCCAUUGAUCAGGAGUGGGGAAGGCGGACCCUCCGACGCCGCCGUCAAGCUGCUCGGCUGCGUCAGAGUCCAGCUGAGCGAAAGAACAGGGGAACCAGGAAUAAAAAGGAAAGAUGUUCUGAUAUGCCGGGAAAGCAGUGCUGAGAGUGUCAGUGAGAUAGACCUGCGUUGUGCACAUCGCGGACGGACGGACAUGGAGGGCGCCACGGAGGAAGAAUACAAAGAGAAAUUAUUAUGGAACGUCAAACGGGAGGUGAAACAGAUUAUGGAGGAAGCAGUGACUAAGAAAUUUGUCCACGAAGACAGCAGCCACAUCAUUGCUCUGAGCACUGCCAUUGAGGCCUGCCUGAGCCAUCUCCUGAAGAGACGGGCAGCUGGUUUUCUCCGCAGUGACAAGAUUGCUGCCCUCUUCACCAAGGUCGGUAAAGUCUACGACACUGCCGGCGAAGUUUGCCGCCAAGUGCAAGAGCAACUCCAACAGCAGGCUGAUCUCACCAGGAGAACUCAGAGUGUGGGACAUGAACCCCUGAGAAGACAAGGCUCCUCCACCACCAGUCGCCCACCUCAGCCCCUCUCUGCCCAAGCCAUCAAGCACAUCUGGGUCCGUACAGCUCUCUUUGAAAAAGUUCUGGACAAGAUAGUGCAGUACAUCGUGGACAAUUCCAGUAAAUACUAUGAGAGGGAAGCUCUGAUGCAUGACCCAGUCUUCGGGCCCAUCUUGGCAGCCCUUCUGGUGGGGCCCUGUGCUCUCGAGUACACCAAGCUGAAGACAUCAGACCACUUUUGGACCGACCCCUCAGCAAAUGAGCUAGUUCAGCGCCAUCGUAUCCAUGGGGCUCACCGGGGUCAGGGCAAUGCAGCAGGCCGCCGGCCUGCUCUGGGGAUCCGCAAGAGGCAGUCAAGUGGCAGUAUGUCAGAAGACAGGUUUGCGGCAUCAGCGAGGGAGUAUGUGGAGUCUCUUCACCAAAACUCCAGAACACACCUUCUCUAUGGCAAAAAUAACGUCCUAGUGCAACCGAAGAAGGACAUGGAGGUGUUGCGCGGCUACUUGUCACUCCACCAGGCUGGGGAUAACCUGACCCUGAAAUGGACACCCAACCAGCUCAUCAAUGGCACGCUGGGAGACUGUGACCUGGAGAAGAGCAUCUACUGGGACUAUGCACUGACUGUUCCUCUGCGCCAGAUAGUGUGUAUCCACUGUCAUCAGCACUCUGACUGUGGUGGUACCCUGGUUCUGGUCAGUCAGGAUGGAAUCCAGCGACCACCCCUCCACUUCCCCCCUGGUGGUCACCUCCUGGCCUUCCUCUCCUGUCUGGAAACAGGCCUUUUACCGCGGGGCCAGCUGGAGCCCCCUCUCUGGUCCCAAAAAGGCAAGGGAAAAGUGUUCCCCAAACUGAGGAAGAGGAGCAGUACUGCCAGGCUCACUGACCAGGACAAGAAUGGUGAGGAGCAGACAGCUGCUGACUAUGUGUUUCGCAUCGUUUAUCCAGGAUACCGCUAUGAUGCCACAGUCACUAUAAACUACCACCACACCACGGGCAGCCGCGCUCCAUCGCUGGAUGAUGAUGAGGAAGAAGAUGAUAGGCUUCAUGCUAUGAUCUCAAUGAUCUGCUCGCGGAACCUCACAGACCCUAAUGUCAUGAAAGGUUUAGACCACAGGGAAAUGAUGGAGAUGCAGGGUUUCAGAGGAAGCCCAUCAUUGUGGCAACAGGCCGAAGUAACCACUUGUGAGUCCCUGUGCCAGUCCUGCUCCACAGCUGGUAGCAACGUGUCAUUCAACUACUCAGCCGGCUGUACCUGCAUACACGAGCCUUCAGACAUUCACACUAUUCCUCUGAAGAUGCUGUGCCAGAACAUGAAGAGACAGAUAGUCUCCAGAGCCUUUUAUGGAUGGCUGGCCUACUGUCGACAACUGUCCACUGUGCGGACUCACCUGUCAGCACUAGUCAACCACAGCACUGUCCCUCCAGAAAGGCCUUGUGAGGCUUCAGGAGGCCUCAGCAAAGAAGUGUGGAGCAAGUACCAGAAAGAUUGCAAGAACUACAAGGAGCUGGAGUUGCUGAGGCUGGUUUACUAUGGCGGAGUGCAGCAUGAAAUCAGGAAGGAGGUCUGGCCUUUCUUGCUGGGACAUUAUAAAUUUGGCAUGGGCAAAAAAGACAUGAGCCAGAUUGAUGCAAAGAUCAGUGAGCACUACCAGCAGGUGAUGCGGGAGUGGAAGGCCUGUGAGGUGAUCAUCAAGCAGAGGGAGAAGGAGAUGCAUUCAGCCAUCUUUUCCAAGCUCUCCUCAGGCAGCAGCAUCGAUAGUCACGUCCUGCAACUGGUUCACAGAGACUCCACACUGAGCAAUGAGGUGUUUAUGUCAGUAGAUGAUCCGGACGCAGGGAGCCAGGAGACCCCCAGUGGAGAGGACAGCAAUCCCACCAUGACCACCCUGGUCCCCCCUGUUGCCCUCCCCCCAGAGGAGCGUCCUCUGGUGGAGUUUGAUUCCCCUGACUCGGGUCUGCCCUCCAGCAGAAACUACUCAGUAACCUCUGCUCAUUCCCAAAUCCUCUCAAGUAUAGAUGACAGUCAGAGCACAGAAGAGGAAGGAGGGGGUGGGGAGGGGGGCAGGACUCCAGGUAUGCUGGAGGAGUGUCAGGACUCUCUGGCUGAGGCUAGGCUGUGCAGUCAGCUGGACAAACUGGUGAUCAGUGGAGCGGCUGCUGAGGGGUGUUCUCCAUCACUCUCCUCAUAUACGAUUGAGCUGUUGGACACAGUUGCCCUGAACCUCCACAGGAUAGACAAAGAUGUGCAGCGCUGUGACCGAAACUAUUAUUACUUCACCACAACCAACCUGGAGAAACUCCGCAAUAUCAUGUACAGUUAUGUGUGGGAGCAUUUAGAGAUGGGCUAUGUUCAGGGCAUGUGUGACCUGCUUGCUCCACUCAUGGUCAUCCUAGAUGAUGAGUGUCUGGCAUACAGCUGUUUCACUCAGCUAAUGAAGAGGAUGAGUCAGAACUUUCCUAACGGUGGAGCCAUGGACGCACACUUUGCCAACAUGAGGUCACUGAUCCAGAUCCUGGACUCUGAGCUGUUUGAGCUGAUGCAGCAGAAUGGAGAUUACACUCAUUUCUACUUCUGUUACCGUUGGUUCCUGUUGGACUUCAAGAGAGAGCUCCUGUACGAGGAUGUGUUUGCAGUGUGGGAGGUGAUAUGGGUGGCUCCCAGAAUCUCCUCCCAGUACUUUGUGCUGUUCCUGGCCUUGGCCCUGGUAACAGUUUACCGUGAGAUCAUCAUGGACAACAACAUGGACUUCACUGACAUAAUCAAGUUCUUCAAUGAGAUGGCCGAGCGGCAUGAUGUCCAACAUAUCUUGAAGAUAGCACGUGAGCUGGUGCACAAAGUCCAGUCUCUGAUGGACAACAAGUGACUGAAGAGCCAGGUGAGGAGUGGGGGGAUGCUGCAGAGGGAGAGUGUCCAACCCUAGAGGACAUUCAUAUCCUCCCACCCUUCAGAGAGACACUGUUUCCAGGCCUCCUCCUAUCCAGAGCAGGUGUAGUGGGUUCAGGUCUCCUCACUGCCAGCGAGAAGGCCCUGGGAGUGGGCAGGAGUGCUGCUGCAGCCUGGCUUCCACCUGUUUACAUGUACCUUCACAUGGAAUGCCCGUGGUGUCUGUUCAGACAUAUGGAUCUGUCUGCAUGCUUGUGAGUUUGAUCACACUGUGAACACAUUCUUGAGUGUCUCUAGAGCUUGGGUGUGUGCAUGAAAACACACAUACUCCACGUUGACUAUCAAUAUUCAAAUUUCUAGAGUCUCAUGCUUUUCCUGGACUCUGAAACAGAACAGACUGGAGGCCUGUCAGGAAGGCUGCAGUGUUCUCAGUGUCUGAUAGAUGUGUUCCUCCAUGCAACGCCAGUGGAGGCCAGUAGAGUGCAGGAUUUCACACAAUAUUGUCAAAGGAGCAGAAGACCUAGCCACGAAGAAGUCUUCAUUAGUGACCAAAUGGACUGUGCCAACUAGUGUUUUGUACAACAGCAUGUGUUCUUCCUCCCCCUUUUUAUUUCUUUUUUUUGUUUAUACGUCCAUUAUCACACAGAUGUUGCCUUUAUCAGUAAUAGCCCAAGGUACUUUGUUGCACUUGUUUUCUUCAUGGUGCCUGUGAAUGCCUCACCAUAAUCAGUGGGGGCCGGAGGCACCACGAGGCCAAACUCAGGAUGAAUUGCAGCCAACUUUCCUAAGCCAUUCAGUGGUUAAUGCAUGUUUAACCCUUGCUCCAAGAAAAAGAAAGUAACAGCAAAGCACAAUAAUGAAGACAAAAGCACACAGGCCUUCCUCUUUCCUUUGACACCACACUUACACAUCUCUCGGUUGCAGUACCAGGAUUUUAAUUUAGGGCUGUAACUACUCUUGCAAUCACAUCAUCAGUAAUCUCUCUGGAAGUAUUAAAAUUUUAUGGUUAGACACAUUUUAUAUGUUAGGAUUUUAUGUUUUACUCUGGUAUUUGUAGACUACAAAGAAUUACAUAUACAGACACUGUAUACAGUAUCUGUAUACUCUAUCUAGAUAGAUAGAUCUAGACACCAGACAGAGAGAAUUUUUGCCAAAGUUAAUAAAUUACUUACCCUGUAACAAUAGGGCUGACAUUAUUCUAUAUAUUUCUUAUUGCCAACAAAUCCCAUGAUUCCUAACACCAACUGUCCAAACAAAUGUACUCUGGGUGUAAUACUCAGCCUCAAGUACAUCAGCUCCUAAUAAAGUUUUUCCCUGCUUUUGAAACUGUUCCUUCCUGGAUAUGUGCCACCCUGUUCAUAUAAUUCUUGGGAUUUCAUGACUUGAAUGGAAGGAUUUUAGAAACAGACUCUAAAAUAUUUCUAAUCCUACUCUUUCAUACCAUAAUAUGAUAAUAAUGAAACAAUGCUUAAAAGUACAUCUUAAAGGUGAAAAACAGAAUACCGGCGUUUGAGUGGUUGACCUGAGGUUAUUAUUGCUUCAGUGGCAAACAUCAAGCAGCCACUUAAACAGUUUAAGGAGCGAGGUCAUCGUUCUUGGACAUUUACUUGUAACAUAGGGCAGUCUUCUACACUCAAGCAGAACAACUUGUUGAACCAUCAGCAUAGUUUCAAUCUACAGCAGUUUGAUUCUUUUAUGCUUGGCUCAGAUUAUACAUUUUAAGUCUGACAACAGCCUGACACAACGGUUGUAGGGUGUCGGGCACCACAAUCAAUCAUGUAAUCUUAUAGUAAAAGACAACUGUGUGGGACGUCUCAUGUACAUAAAGUGUAGUAUGUCAGAAUUUUUUCACUUUCUGCAACAUGGUGGGCCGAUGCUGACCAAACACUUGCUUCUUUGCUCACAACAUUUUUAGCAUAUUGUACUGAACCAUAUAAAUUAAAAAUCAGCGAUACCGCUAAUUGCUGUGAUUCACAUGCAUAUUGACUUUGACAGUCAGCCUUGUGAAGUAGUUACCCUGGGGCCAGAUAGUUUUCAGUUUUACUACCGGCUUAAAACACUUAUUUUUAACUGCUACUAGUGAUGUGUAAGGAGUUGGCUCUAUGAGCCGACUCUUUUAUGUCAACGAUGAAAGCCAUUUUGGAAAUAACGGUUUUUGUUAAUACACCACAGGAUGAUAGGUGAUCUUUAUGACACAUGGGUCGACCACAGGCACUCCAUGGCCUGACCGAACCUUGUGGUGGUAGAUGUGUGCAUGUGCAACCAAUCAUGUGUGACAACAGACAAGGAUCAUACCAUCGGGUUAAAAGAGGAGGAAUGGGAUUACGGUCUACUGAAUGGACAAGAGGAGAGCACGAACAGCGGAAGAUGAGUGACAAUCGCAAACGAAGUAGCAUUUAUAGUAGAUGCAUUUUAAUAAGAAAGGCAACAUAAAGGCGGAAUGAUAUAGAUGCACACACAUACCAAUCAUAGGUACAUUGCUAAAUCUGGCUGAAUUAUAAAAGCCAGAAGCAGUACUAAAUGAAGAGCCAAUUGGGAGCUGAAAGAAGCUCUUAUAGCAGUGCUGAGCCUAGUGUUGCUUUCGUCAAUGAAAAUUAUGAUUAAAUAUCGUCAACGAACCUUUAUCGCGUGACGAAAACGAGACGAGACACAACGAAAAUGCUGAUCAAGUGACGAUGACUAUAAAUGUAUAAUGCAAUAUUGUUGGCAAAAAAAACGAGACUAAAUGUGGUUUACAAAAUAAAAAACUAUGCUAAAAUGACUCAUUUUCGUUGACCAAAACAAGACGAAACGAAAUGUUAUAACAUUAUUUCGUCUCGUUUAGUUGCGUUAUUAUUUUGCAGUAUUUCUGUUUCCUGUGUCUCACUUCAGGGGCCGCAUCAGGUCACACUGCGCAGACGAAGGCGAUGUCACUUCCUUAAGACCCACGCAUGGCAUUUUUUAGAAGACGACAACAAAGUUAAGUGUGACACAGAGAAAGGGAUCGAUGGCCGGCCAGCCGGGG